AUGGGUUCUGCAGCUACGCAGACAACAUUGAACGCCGCAAUAGCAAUGGAGUCUACAGUCAUUAAUACAGGACCAACUAAUACAGGAACACUAAUCACUGCACCUACUACUGCGAUAUCAGGUGGCAUAAUAACAACCCCCACUAGACCUACUAUUGUAGUGUCCAGUGGCACAGCUACAAUGGGUGCUACAGCUACGCAGAUAACAUUGAACGCCGCAAUGGCAACGGUUACUACAAUUUCAACUAUAAUAGCAUCAAAUAGCGUAACAAUGACGGCCAGUACAAUCACUACUACAACUCCAUCAACUAACACAAAUAGUGCUACAGCAGUUUAUGCCACAACAAUAACUGGAACUGUGUCGAUGCCAUCUACUACAAUACCAAGUUCAUGGACAAAUCGUGCAAUACUCAAUAUGGAUUAUAGUUCAAGCGUUAAUAUGGUUAUGCAUACAGACGAAAUUCCAAGUUCAACUUCUUUUAUUUCCAGCAGAUCUGUAUUUACAACGUCAGCUUCAAUAAUAUCAUCAAUGAGUAUGCAAUCCGCAACUAUGCCAACAACUGUAAUGACAACCAGUGAUCCAUGUCUAAGUACAAUGAUGCAUUCAGCGGAUACAUCAAGUUUUUCUUUUGAUCCAAAUACUGCAAAUGCAAUGUCUACUUCCACUAUGAACAAUAACUUAUUUAUGGAUAGUACCGGUUCAACUUCAAUGCAUUCCCAUGUUACAGAUUCAUCUGAUCCAUGUGCAAAAUAUUGGACAGGUUCAACAAUAAAUACAAUAACUGACACUACAACAGUCCAAACAUGA